UAAUUAAGAAAACUGACUAAAAUGAAAACUUAAUUUCUGCCUCGUCAUCAGAUUAUUCCAGGAUGCUUUAUUUUCAUUGGAUGCUGGAUUCAAUUUUACCCAGACACGUGGUUUUUUCUGAUUGGCUAUUGUGUAGCCCAUUUCUUUUUUUUGAUUGGCUGAUAAGUGGCUCCUCACAGCAGAACUCCAGGGGAGCGCUUGAUUCCUCCACGGUGAGGGCAGCGCGGCUCAUGUUGGCGCGCUGCGGCACAUUAAAACAUUAAAUAGCCGAGAGUUUUUUCAGCGUGAGAAAUACGAUGUGUGGCGGGAGUGCGUGACGUAAGACCGAAAUGCGUGAGUGUCACGCUCAAUGCGUGACACUUGAGAGCCCUGCAAGUUGUUGGAAGUCACAGCCAUUUCCUGCGUUGUGACUGUUCUUCUUUCACGGCUCAUGCCAUCCGCAUCGCCACGUUUGAUUGCUGAACAGCUGUGAAGAUUUUUUUCCACGAUGCCGAAAUACUACGAGGACAAAGAGGAAGACACCCGCGCAUGCGCCGGCGUCCGAGAGGACUUCAAGGCCUGUCUCCUCGAGCACGACUGCGUGCGGAAGGAGGGGAAGUUGCCCAGUGAGUGUGUGAAGGAAGGCCACUGCAAAGCCCUGCGGACGACCUUCUUCGAGUGCAAGAGGUCAAUGCUGGACACCCGGUCGAGAUUCCGAGGAAGGAAAGGCUAUUGAGGACCCGGAUGAGCAAGUGUAAAUAAGAAUACUGCAGAGUCGGAUCCUUCAUCAGUGCAAUUUCCCAACCUCAUCUGAAGUAUGCGUUUCAAGAAAGCAAAGGAUGACCACAUGCUGAAAGGAACAAUCUACUCAAAAGGACGACCAAUUCAGCAGCAGCGCCGUGGAGCUGUGUGUGUUAUGAGAAACUUUAUCUAAUGAAAUGAUGAAUACAUAUUGUAAAGUGACUUUUACAAUUUGACUGAAACACCUGAUUUCUAGUAUUAAAACUUUACAAUUA